UUCUCCACGCAAGGACGAUGUGGUCCCGCAAGCAGUCGGUGUGCAGCGCAGUCAGCGGCGCGUCCAAAGGCGACGAUGCAGAAGCCUUCGCAAGCGGCCUGCAGAUAUACCCCUUCGCUAUAGCUCUUAGAGUUAGAGUGCUACAGAUAGUCUGUGGUAUCGGCGGGCUGGUGGUGGGCGCUGUGGGCUGGCUGGAAGAACGGCAGAAACCGAUGCUGGGGCUAGGAGUCCCGGCCGGCGCCGUUACUGUGCUGGCUGCAGCAACGUCGGUGUACUACAGCCGAGGGUUUGGCGGCUGGGCGUCGGCGCGGGCGCGGUCGAGCCGGCGGUGGGGCGCCCCCUGGAGGGCCCUGGGGCCCUCGCCGUGCGCCGCGGUGCCCCUGACCACGCUAUGGACGGCGGCCCUGGCUGCGCAUGUGGCUAUGCUGGUGUUUUGCAUCAGAUCCUUAAUGAAUAUUGGCUGCGGCAGCACAACGUGUAUAGGCGUAGCCGCGGCUCAGCUGACGGUGUCGGUGGCCACUUUAGCAGCAGCUGUGUUCAUGCUGCAGCUGGACUUGCGGUUCGACGCCGCUCUAUCGCCGCCUCCGAGGCCGUCUGAUGCGCAGAUAUGCACCGCUGUGUCUAUGGUGCCCCUCACCUCAGUGGCGAUCACCAGCGGCAAUAGUGGAGACGGCAACACCGACCCCUCAGGCAGCCCCCUCAGUAAGGACAAGGAACCCCCGGCUGACCCAGUUACCUGAUGCGGUGAGGCGGCUUAAACAGUGGCAAGAAGUUAGGCAACCCUGCAACAUUUCUGUGGAACCCCGAAGUGGAACUGGUCAAUUUGAUGAUAAACCUUUUGAAUAAAUGUGUGACAAGCAAAUUAAUUAAUAAAAUAACUUUUGAAGUGUAUUACAAUUCGUGGUUCACUCUUGAUAUGUUCUGAGUCACAUCAGCAAAAAUAUACUAAUAUCUACGAUUUAAACGAAAUAUAACGUAGCUUAACGAAUUGUAAGUAAUUAAUUAAUGUAAAUAAUAAGUUACUUCUACACUUUGUUUAGUUUUUGUUACACUUCCUUGUAUUUACUUUCAAUCUUAAAGAAGAGCUCGUCGUGUGUCGAAGCGAAAGAUUCGAGGCAUACUCGAGUUACUAUUACCUACUUAACUCCAAAAUAUAACUAAGGUUUACUCAAAGCUAAUAUUGUUUUACAUAUUGUUAAAAAAUGGGUUCGUUUCAUAGAGGUUCUUUAUCUUCCUCGACAACUUAGUACAUAUUUUUGAGAUCUCAAUGUGAUUGUAUAGUUCCUUAUUUUUAUAGUGUAAUAAUAUUAUCUGUAUGAAAAUAGGUAAAAAUAUUUAGCUAAUUUG